UCUCAAACAAUGAACUACGUAGGCCAGCUUGCUGAGACGGUUUUUGGCACUGUGAAGGAGCUAUACAAGGGCCUGAAUCCGGCCACCUUGACAGGUUGCAUUGAUGUCAUUGUGGUGAGGCAACCAGAUGGUUCUUUACUGUGUUCACCUUUCCACGUACGUUUUGGGAAACUCCGUGUCCUGCGUUCAACAGAGAAAGUGGUUGACAUAGAAAUCAAUGGGGAGCCAGUUGACCUGCAUAUGAAGCUGGGUGACAAUGGAGAAGCUUUCUUUGUUGAAGAGUCGGAGGAACAAAAGGAAAGCAUCCCCAUCUCCUUGUGCACAUCUCCCAUCCCUUCUGAGAAAAACUCGGAUCCAGCAACUAGGUAUUCCAGCUUGUGUGGAAACCCUGAUGCCUCCAGGUCUGACACAACCCUUCAUAAGAAAAGAAGGCGUAAGAGGAAGGCCAGGAGGAUGGAGUCACCAGCAGAUUCCACAUCAGAAGAGCAAGAGGAAACAGAAAGUGAGAUGUCUCUGGAGGAAAAGCGGAAACUUUUGGCUUCCAACAGUUCAUUAUACUACUCAUUCACUGAUGUUCAGAGUGAAGGAGCGGAGACUUUGCCACCAAAGGAAGCCCAUCCUUUUUCUGAUGGAGAGCUGCCUCCCAUGCAGAGCCUUUCUCCAAGUUGUCAGUCAGCCCCUAAAAGUGACUCUGAACUGGAAAUCAAAAAUUCUGAAAUGCCUCUUGGUUCUGAAGCCCACAUGCAUUGGUCCUGGGGAAGACUGCCUGAAGUAAGUGUGGUUAAAAAAGACAAAUCAAUAAAACCUACCACAAGUACCACAACUACAGUGACUGUCACUCCAACUACCAUUCCUGUGAGCGAGACAACACACUUUGUUGCCAUUUCAGAAUGCCAGCUGAGCACUGUAGACACUGUUAAUGCAUCACAUUCUCCAGUCACUCCUUUAAUUAGGCCAACACCCAUCUUCUCUACUGGAAAUGGCUUUGGAGAGCCCACCUCUUCUGCUCAGAUGGUUGCCAGUGAUCCAGAGACAACAUGUACUUUCUCAGGAGAUGUGCAAAGCCAUGCAAAGCCUGCAGAAAAUGAAAAGAAUGUGGAGACAAUUGGACAGAAUCAGGAACUGGACUGUGAAGCACCAUCAUCGAGAAAAUCCAGUUUGGAUCAGGAAGCACCUUCCCCAAGGAAAACUAGUUUGGAGCAACCAGAACCAAGUGAUAGCUCAGAGCUAAAGCAGGAGACAAGAAGGGGUUAUGUGAAGAGAAGUCCUCACCUGGGACCAACUGAUAUUUACCUGGAGGAUCUCUCGAACCUGGAUGCUGAGCAGGUGGCACUCUAUUUCCCUAAAAGUGAUACUAAACUGAGUGGCCAAGGACAGACUGAUCCUUGCAGCUUCUCUCGAACUCACCUGCAGACUAGCACAGAUAAUCCAGCAUGUAAUCUGAUGCCGCACAUCCUUCUGUCCGUCUGUGGGGGUCUUGGAGAUAGUGGAGAAUUAUCUCAUGAGGAGUUUAUGAAACAUGUAGUGUCCUACCAAGAGUUUGCAGAGAAUCCAGCAGUUAUUGAGGAUCCAAACUUGGUAGUACAGAUCCACAAAAAGUAUUAUAACUGGUCAGUAGCAGCUCCCAUGAUCCUCUCCCUACAAGCUUUCCAGAAGAAUCUUCCCAAGAGUACUGUUGACAGACUCAUGAAGGAGAAGAUGCCCAAAAGGGGUGGCCGGUGGUGGUUUUCUUGGAGGAGAAGAGAACUUUCCAGUGAGGAGCCUGAAUCCAGCACCCAGAAAAUGCAUCGGACAGAUUCUUUUCAGGAGAGAAAGAGGGAUGAUGCUUCAUCCAGUGACGAUGAGUCUUUAUCUUCAGGCCGAGGGGUCAGACCUGUUCCAGACAUUACACAGAAGUUUCUUCCGACGUAUAAGAAAUCCCUAAGACUGUCUUCAGAUCAAAUUAAGAGUCUGAACCUGAGAGAUGGCCCCAAUGAGGUAGCAUUCAGUGUGACCACUCAAUACCAGGGCACAUGUCGCUGUGAAGCCACCAUCUACCUGUGGAACUGGGAUGACAAGGUGGUGAUCUCUGACAUAGAUGGGACCAUCACCAAAUCUGAUGCUCUAGGUCAUAUCUUACCACAUUUAGGGAAAGACUGGACCCACCAAGGGAUUGCUAAACUGUACCACAAAAUCCAUCUGAAUGGAUACAAGUUUCUCUAUUGUUCAGCCAGAACCAUUGGGAUGGCACACAUCACCAAAGGAUACCUGGAGUGUGUCAAAGAUGAGGGCUGUGUACUCCCCAAAGGCCCCAUCCUGCUGGCGCCUAGCAGCCUCUUCUCAGCUCUUCAUAGGGAAGUGAUUGAGAGGAGGCCAGAGGUGUUCAAAAUUGCCUGCUUAACAGAUAUUCGGAACCUGUUUGGCUCCAACAGACAACCAUUUCAUGCUGCCUUUGGGAACAGAACAAAUGAUGUCCAUGCCUACAAGGAAGUGAACCUGCCAGAAUUUCGUAUAUUUACUGUGAACCCCAGAGGGGAACUGAUCCAGGAACUUGUGAAGAUCCACAAAUCUACGUAUGAACGGCUGAGUGAAAUAGUAGAUCUCAUCUUUCCACCCAUUGGCAAGGAUGUGAGCUUUUCCAUGGAGUGUCCAGAGUACAGCCACUUUUCUUAUUGGAGAACUUCCUUGCCUGCUGUUGACUUGGAAGAUCUUGAAUAAAGAUUGCAAGCCAUUGAAGCAUCCUCCUGAAGGAUAUCCAGCUGUGCUUCUACUUUUGCUUCUCGGAUAGAGGUCUCUCAGGCCAGGUUCUGAUGAACUUACGUAUGCCCUAUGACAGAAUGCACUUUUUCUUGUGAACUUGGAGCAUUUUUGAGUUUCAUAGAGGAGUCUGAGUUGCAUCUGUCCUUGAAGUUGGAGAGAGGAUUCCUGUUGGAUUUAACCAGAGACUGAUGAUAGCUGCUGUUCAUGAACACCCCCCUUUUUCUUUGCCCCAUAGCCGAUGCGGAAAGUGUAGUCAGAAACCAUAUAUCUUGGAAGGAGAAACAGGAGAGAACAAAUGCACAUUUUAGAACUUCAUCCUAUUGCAGUGAUAUUUAAUGACUUGUCCAGUCAUUCUUCUGGCCUGAUCUGACAAACAGUAUCAGAUUAUGGUGGUAGUCCACCAAUGGCAUUGGUAUAUGAUUGGAUUCUCUGUGCCUUACUUUUUGUGUUUCAGUCUGAACCUCAUUGUUCUUAAAACACACACACACCUGUGGACAACUUCUUCCCCAUUUUGUUCAGUUGCUUGAUAAUUUUACCAGAGAUUACAAUAGGACAAAAACAAUGGGUCUGCACCAUUGCAGGGAAUGUCAUCGUUGCCCCACCUUCAGGUCUGUUUAAAACCAUUGCUCAUUUCCUGUCUUAGUUGCUUAUGGUAACUUUGAAAAUGGAAUGCUUAUCUCAUUGGGUAAAAUCAUUUAAAAGACAAACUGUUGGGCCAUAUUCAAGGGAGUAGGCAGUGGUUCUGACACCCCUGUUCUUAGACUAUUGUCAAUAUCAGCCUUGGUUAUUAUAGCUAUGGUUUGCUAUACAUAGCCAUGGACUGGGGCCUACACAGUUUUCUCACUGGACAUUGAUACUGUUGUCAACUGAUGUUUCAGUUAAGGCAGGAAACUAGGAUUUAGCUGAAGGAUUCUUCUUCUACCUCACUUUUACUUCCCUCUUUUCUGUAAACCUAGGCAGAGCUAUAACACUAUUAAGGGAAGGCUUAACAGAAAUUAUAACAAGGAGAGGGGAGGAAAUUCUGUGAGCUAGUUGUGUUGUGAUGCGUCUUCUGGCCCAUAAUCAGUGCACUUGGGAGCUGAAAGACUCUGAUGUACAGAUGUGUCAAUAAAAGUUUCAAUAUCUGAAGGCAAGAAA